AUGGCUCCUGUCAACGUUGUGGUCGUUGGCGCGUCCUACGCCGGUCUCCACAUCGCUCAUUCCUUGCUCGAGGUCCCCGACGUCAAGGUUGCGUUGGUCAACCCGUCCACCAAUUUCUAUUGGAAUAUCGCAGCACCGCGCAUCUUGGCCAAGGCUGAGGCCUUCAAGGCGGAGCAGUAUCUCCUUUCAAUCACCGAUGCCUUCACCAAAUACACAGCGAGGAAGGUCGAGUUUAUCUUGGGUACUGCGACUGCUAUCGACGUCGCCGCCAAGAGCGUUUCAGUGACUCCCAAUGACGGCGAGGCCAGAUCGGUCUCGUAUGACUAUCUUGUGCUCGCAUCCGGAAGCACUACUACUUCCACCACUGGCGAAAUUACCGGCUUCUCCAUCCCGUUCAAGCAGUCCAACCGCGAUGACUUGAAAGAGCUCAUCGAGGCGGCCCAGCAAACGAUUACUGGGGCCAAUAAUAUCGUGAUUGGCGGGGCUGGGCCCAUAGGGGUCGAAUUGGCCGGUGAGCUGGCCGAGGCAGUGGAGCAGAGUGGCAGCGCGGCGACCAUCACCCUGGUCUCUGCGACAGACCGCGUGCUCCCGAUGCUGAAACCGUCGGGCAGUUCGGCCGCAGCCAAUAUGUUGCAGCAGAAGAACGUCAAGGUCAUUACCUCUACACGAGUGACCGACGCCGAGGCAUCAGGCGAUGCAUGGAUGGUCUCCCUGGACAACGGCGAGAAAAUCUGCGCCGACCUUUAUAUCCCCACCACAGGCGUGAUCCCCAACAGCGGCUUCAUUCCGGAACAAUUCCUGGACAAGGACGGCUGGGUCAAGGUCGACAAGGAGAUGCGCGUGGAGUCGUCAGAGAACAUCUAUGCUGCCGGCGACAUCACCAACAACUCGAUGCGCCUCUCGUUCAAGGCUGUGGAACAAGCCAGAGUGGCUGCCCAUAAUCUGAAGGUGGAUAUUCUGGGCAAUGGUGAGCGCAAGUCGUUUGACCAGGGCGAGAGCAUCAUGAUGGUUGUCCCGGUUGGCGAGUCGGGUGGUACUGGGCAGAUAUACGGCUUCACUCCCUUCAGCUUCAUGGUGAAGAUGAUCAAGGGCAAGGACUUCUUCAUCUCCAAGGCGGCACCUAUGGUGGCCGGAAAGGCAUAG